ACUCCUUCGCCUUUUCUUGUCUGCAGGUCAACACCAGUGUAGAAACGAUGAGAAACUGUUGUUUUUGUUGUUGUGAAGCGUGUGAGCAUGAAGGCUUCUUCCUGCGUAAUGAUAUGGGAAGCGGGGAGGGCCCUCGGGGCGAGCACACCCCUACAGCUUGUGUCAGAGUAUUUCAGAACUGCGGCCAGCAUUUAGUCAUUCUGCAUGAAAGCUACACGCGCACGAUUGUCCACUGAAGUCCACUGUAACUUUUGGACUAUAGGGGAAUAUUUUUCAUUUUCCUACCGAAACGAGGACCGCGAUUAUUUAACUUCUUUAAUCUCCGGUGAAACUGUGCGUCGUGACCACAGGAUACUUUUACGCACAGUUUUUUAACACUCCCAGAGGACAAUGCCUCGAUCUUUCUUGGUCAAAAAGUACUUCGCUAAACAAAAGCCAAACUACAGUGAACUGGAAUGUCAGAAUGAGGCUUCAUUAGAGAGGUAUGCUCUUGCUGAGCUCUCCUCAGGGGACAACUCAUCUGCUGCCACCUGUUUCACAACAGGUCUGGUGUGGGACCUCAGUGUCCUACCUGCCCUCUACCUGCCCACCUCCCAAACAGAGCCCUCUGCCCCCUCAGGACCCCUAGACCUCAGCUCCCCAUCCAGCCUCAGCAGCAGUGCCAGCAGCAGCGGAGAGGAGGAUGAAGGACGCACAUCAGACCCCCCCAGCCCUGAACCCGUACACACAUAUGCCCCUCGCCAGCGGAUGAAAUGCACUGGCGUUAUGGUUCAUGUCAGUCCCCCAGGGGAAGAGGAGAGAGAGGCCCCUGUCACAGCAGCCAGACCAGCGUUCCUCUGCAAACACUGCCCCAAAGAGUACACAAGCCUGGGCGCUCUGAAGAUGCACAUCCGCUCACACACCCUGCCCUGUGUGUGUACCACCUGUGGAAAGGCUUUCUCCAGGCCUUGGCUUCUGCGUGGCCACAUCCGCACACACACAGGUGAGCGCCCAUUCUCGUGCCCCCACUGCAACCGGGCAUUCGCUGACCGCUCCAACCUGCGGGCUCAUCUGCAGACCCAUGCCGAGGUGAAGAAGUACCAGUGUGGUAUCUGCUCUCGCACCUUUAGCCGCAUGUCUUUGUUGCAGAAACACAGCUCCUCAGGGUGUUGUUCUACCACGGUGUGAGGCGUCAUGGAAAGAGACAGAGG